CUUCAGUCUUCAUUAUGCUCAGUAUUUUGCAUAUAGCAAUCCAUUCGGUUGGUAUUUUCAUUCUGGGUUACUUAUUCGUCUAUCAAACAAGAUGAAAUGAUUAUUGUCCUAGAGUAUUCAAGCUUCAGCCAUUCCAAAAGUAAAAACAAAGUGGCUGGUAUCUGUUCUUUUGACGAACUUCAGAUAUAUAUUAGACACUAGAUAGUAUAUUAUUUAAAUAUGUUAGGGAAUCGAUUGGAAAGAAAUCGAUAAUGUUCAUUCUAUAACGUACUCCAGACAUAUAUUUUAUAACAUUACUCAUAUAAUAGUCUUUACAGUACUUGUAUUAUUUGAUUUUUACUUUGAUAUUGUUUCUCUUACUUAUAACUGCUUUUACGUUGUAAUUUUUUAUAAGUAUUAAGUAAUUACAUUGUAUAACUCUUAAACAUUUUAUUAUAUAGAAAGGAUUAGUUAUCCACUGUUGAUCGAUCUCAUUAUAAUUAUAAAUUUUCAACAUGGCUGCCUCAUAUUUUCUUUUUGCAAUGUACACAAGGUACAUCCCAUUGUCAAUUAUACAAACAGCAGUAAACAGAUAUCUGGAAAAUGCAAAGAAUAAAUUAGACAAAUAUUUAAACCAGAAAUAUGCGACAGCAUCAAAUGUAAUAAUUGAAAGUUUGCCUAGCAUUAGUGGUUUGCCUCUGUCAGCGUUUUUGAAUCGUAUGCUAGGUAUUGCACCAUUGGUUCAACCAGCAAAUACAUCAAUUGAAAAUAUUCUAGGUGAAAUAUGUGAGAAACUCUCCACCCAAGAUGUGGAAGCUUCUGAGACAAUUAGAAAAACUCCGUAUGAUGAGAAAAUUAGUGCACUUCGCACACUUUGUCAAAUUUCUGCCAAUCCUGAUAAUCGUCAAGCAUUUGAAGAAUGGUUAAAUAUGCACAGCGGUUUAAUGAAUGAAUGCAUCGCCAGCACUCUAUCUACGGAACAUCGUGACUUAAUACAAGAGGCAUGUUAUACUGUUGCCUAUUUAGCGCGUGUGUACAGAUUUAAAAUGUAUGAUAAAAUUGAAGUUGUAAUAGCCACGUUGGUCAGAACAUUAGCAGUAUUAUUAUUACCAUGGGAGAAUUAUGUUGAACAGUACCGUGAAGCUAAAGAACGACACAACGAUAUGGAGUUAGCGCGUGGACGUUCCAUUUUAUUUCAUUAUCCACAAAUGCAGUGUUCAUUUUCUGAAGCAAGUCACCGUGUAAUAGGUUGUAUUUAUUAUACACUAGGCGAUCUGAUAUUUAGUUUACCAUCGCCAAAAUUAAUUUGUUUUUUUGAAUGUCGUAUAUUUCGUCGUAAAGAAAUGACAAGGACUUUACUCUUCACUAUACUGCACGUGAUUAUAUUAAAUUUGUCUGAAUUGCGCUCAGAAGCUGAGAAACUAUCAAGUGAAGAAGGAACAAUAUCUGUUACAGAACCAUCAGGUGGUAAAAAAUAUCAGAUUCAUAGUGAGGCUAUGUGGAAUGAACUACCAGCAAAUCUGUACUCAGAUAUAAUACGAGUUUAUAAUGAUCGUAACCGAACGAAUAAAGUUAUGAUAACUGAAAUUAUGGCUAUGCUUAGGGCUGAGGCACCAGAAAAACUUCCAUUAUUUGAAGAAGCAACACUGAAAGCAUUAGAACUAUACACUGGUGGAAGUGCUGGACGUGUCGGUGAGACUUAUCAAAUAGGCAGAACAGCAGGUCGAGAAAAUGAUGUCUCUGGGACAAGUAGUGGACGGCGUGGCAGAUCGAACCUAACACAUGAUACAAGUGGACUGACGACAAAACCUACUGCAACAUCACAGAUAACAACUGAUAAGGCUAGAAAAAGUGGACAUAGUUCAAAUGAACUAUCUCUAAUUGAGGCACAGAAAAAGUCUGAUGACGUUUCAGAUGAGUCGAGUGACUUCAGUACCUCUUCAAACACAUACAGUACAGUAUUUACAAGAACCGAUAGUCAUCUGCAACGAAAGUCUUUCAUUCCUCCAAAAUUACCAAAUUUAAUUCCACCGAAAAAUCCUCGUAAAAAAGACUGACUGAUCAGCAAAUUUUAUCUGAAUAAAUUUAAUGAUCAAUCAGAAAAACAAGGAACAGGAUUCAGAUUAUUUAAAACAGCUGGCAAAUGUUCCUUUGUUCAAAUUGGACUAUCCAUUUGGAAAUACAAAUGGUUAAUACUAUUAAAAUAAGCAUAAUAAA